AUGCAAUCCCUGCUGCUGGCUCUGUCCCUCGCGGGACUGGGCAGUGCCCAAGAAAUCAUUAUCGAGAAGCGAGGAGGAGGCAAGAACAGUGCCAUGGAGAUGUGGUAUGAAGCCUAUAAUGAUGACCUGGCACGCUACACCAUCCUUGCACUUGGCUGUGCUGCCGCAGCAUACUUUGUCUGGUCUCUCGCCUUUCGAUUCUCUGGCCACCUGCGACGACUGGCCACUUUCACCGAUGACAAGCAGAAGUAUUUUGUACCUGCCCACGACAAAUUCUGCUGGCUGAAGGAGCACUUGAUCUAUGCUCCGCUGUUCGGCACCCGCCACAAUCGCGAGUUCCAGCUUUCAUCGGCUAUUAACAUGGGAACCCUGCCCAGUCGGUUCCAUGGCUUCCUGAUUGUCGGUGUCGUUGCCAUGAAUGUGGUCCUCUGCACAGUGACUACUCCCUUUAACUCCGAGGAAGACACUCUGGCAGGCAUUGUGCGUAACCGUACUGGCACUAUGGCUACUGUCAACCUGAUUCCUCUGAUCAUCAUGGCUGGCCGCAACAACCCUUUGAUCGCUAUGCUGCACGUUCCCUACGACACAUGGAACCUCCUCCACCGCUGGCUAGGCCGUAUUGUGGUGCUCGAGGCUCUCGCUCACACAUUCGCCUGGGCAAUUCCCAAGGGCCAGGAAGCGGGCUGGAAUAUCGUUGCAAAAGCCUUGGCUUCCAGCAGCUUCCUCCUUGCGGGCUUGGUGGCCACCGCUGCAUUCACGGCCCUCAUGCUGCAUUCGCCAUCCGCCAUUCGUCACGCUUUCUACGAGACGUUCCUCCACCUUCACAUCGCCAUUGCCGCCGUAUCCUUUGGUUUCCUAUGGGUGCAUCUGAAUGGCCUGGCUGCUCAAAAGUAUCUUCUCGCCACGAUUGUUCUCUGGGCCCUAGAGCGUGCCACUCGUCUCUUCAGUAUCAUCUACCGCAACUUCGGCCGUAAGUCCACCACUGCAACCAUUGAGGCCAUGCCUGGCGAUUGCAUGCGCAUCAGUCUCCGCAUGGCUCGCCCCUGGACCUUCAAGCCUGGCCAGCACAUCUACCUCUACAUCCCAGCUGUUGGCUGGUGGACGGCACACCCCUUCUCCGUCGGCUGGAGCGAAGUCGAGGAAACCAUGCCCAGCGAGAAGUCCCUCCCAAUCGCCAGACAAGAUCUACUCGGCGUACCGAAAAAGACAACUCUCUCCCUGCUCGUUCGCCGCCGCACCGGCAUGACCGAUAAGCUCUUCCAGCGUGCUUCAAACGCCAUCGGCUCACGCAUCACCCUACGCGCCUACGCCGAAGGACCAUACGGCAACAUCCACUCCAUGGACUCCUACGGCACGGUGAUGCUGUUCGCCGGUGGCGUGGGUAUCACACACCACGUCCCCUUCGUCCGACACCUGGUCGCCGGUUUCGCCGACGGCACCGUCGCAACCCGCCGGCUGACCUUGGUCUGGAUCAUUCAAUCCCCGGAGCACCUGGAGUGGAUCCGGCCCUGGAUGACCAGUAUCCUGGCCAUGGAGCGCCGCCGCGAAGUCCUCCGUAUCAUGCUUUUCGUCACUCGGCCCCGUAACACCAAGGAGAUCCAGAGUCCCUCUGCGACCGUGCAGAUGUUCCCUGGCCGACCGAACAUCGACACUCUUGUUGGUAUGGAGGCUGAGAAUCAGAUCGGUGCCAUGGGCGUGUUGGUUUGUGGUAAUGGUGGCUUGAGCGAUGAUGUCCGCAAGGUGUGCCGCAAGAGACAGGCUAACUCGAAUAUUGACUAUGUUGAGGAGAGUUUCUCGUGGUAG